AAAUUUUUGAGGUUGAACGGACAUUGGACUUGUGAAGUGAAAGGAGUGAUUUGGAUUUUUGAUUUAUAUUAUUUUCUAUUUCAAUUUUCAUACGUCAUUCCUGCAAUAAUUGCAGUUUUAAAUUUCAUAUUCUCUACUGAGCAUAAUUUUAGAUGGUCUACUAUAUGCACGUCUACAUAUUAAUGCAUUUUAUGUGACUUGUGAGUGAAAGAAACAAUAGAGAAAAAACUACCAUUAUCUAACCUGGUGACACGUGAACUUUAAACUAUAUCACCUUUACUAGAGAAUAUCAAAAUGUUCAAAGUUUUCAGGCAAAAUGGCCCCACACAGCUGUAAGGGUUGUUUGAGAGGAAUUAUUGCUGAAAGAAUGGCAAUGUCUAGCAAAGAGAAACCUAUGGAGGUGAAUGGUACUGAUGAGAAUGGUAUUGAUGAUAAUCCAUCAAUGCCUUGGUUUGGCAUGGACAUUGGUGGUACCCUCUGUAAAUUGGUUUAUUUUGAGCCCAAGGAUCUGCCCAAAAGUGAAACCACUUCUGAAGUUGAGACCCUGAGAAAUAUCAGGCGUUAUCUCACUAAAAAUUCUGCAUAUGGAAAAACAGGACACCGUGAUAUACAUCUACAAAUGGAGAAUGUGACAAUCCGGGGAUUAGAAGGGACAUUGCACUUCAUUCGAUUUCCAACAAAUGAAAUGAAAAACUUCUUGGCCUUAGCAAAAUACAAAGGAAUGGCCAAAUUGGUGACCACUGUAUGUGCUACAGGGGGUGGAGCUUACAAAUUUGAAGAUGAUUUCAAAAGAGAAGUCAAUAUGAAACUGGCAAAAUUUGAUGAGUUUGACUCUUUACUUACUGGUCUUCACUACAUAGACAGGCAUAACCCAACCGAAUGUUAUUAUUGGAGCAAUCCGACAGAGGAGAGUAAAUGCAACAAAGUUAAAUACGAUUUUUCCAGUCCAUAUCCGUUUCUAAUUGUCAAUAUUGGUUCUGGCGUUAGUGUCUUGGCAGUAUAUUCUGCUACAAACUAUAAAAGGGUAUCAGGUACGAGUAUAGGGGGCGGUACUUUCUUAGGCCUUUGUUGCCUAUUGACUGGAUGCAAUAGCUUUGAAGAAGCUAUAGAAUUGGCAGCCGAGGGUGACAAUACUAAUGUUGAUAAAUUAGUGAAAGAUAUCUAUGGCGGUGAUUAUGCAAGAUUUGGACUUCCAGGAGAUCUAGUAGCUAGCAGUUUCUCGGCCCUAUGUAGCUUUGGCCAGAUGAACUCAAAGGACAGGCGCAACAAAGCGACCAGGCAGGACCUUGCCAGAGCCACUUUGGUCACUAUCACCAAUAACAUCGGGUCGAUUGCGAGAAUGUGUGCCAUUCAAGAGAAAAUCAAAAGGGUUGUUUUUGUUGGCAAUUUCUUGAGGGUGAACCCUAUAGCAAUGAAAUUGCUGGCAUAUGCUAUGGAUUAUUGGUCGAACGGCACAAUGAAGGCACUUUUCUUGGAGCACGAGGGCUAUUUCGGGGCCGUAGGAUGUCUUUUAAAAUAUCAUGAGGCUGUUGAAAGUUGAAAAUUUACCAAAGUGUUCGAUAUUGCCAGUUAUUCGUCUCGGCAUUCCGCAAAAACGUUUCAGGGAGGUUCCAGCUAAAAUGGUAUUUUUCUGUGUAGUGGUAUUUACUGUUAUUAUUUAUUGAGGAAACUGUUUGUAUAUUAUUGUAACGUACGUAUUUAUACAUUUUUAUACAUUUAUUAGGGGGACAACCUAUUUUGAGAAUUAUGAAUGUCAAAUUCGAAAAGGUGUUGGAUUAUUUUCGUUUCAAUGGGUGAAAAAACAACGCACAUUUGAAAACAGUUCAACAGGGUUAUUUACAAGACGAACAAUGUAGGGAAAACUUUUAUAUCAAAUUAGCAUCUAAUGUUUUUAUAAUAUGUGGUCUAGGCUUGGUUAGUUUGAGUCAAACAUUCCUACUUUUUUUAACAAUAUAACUGAGCCUACUACUAGCAGAGCCAGGUUAUGAAGUUAAUCAUGGUUCCUGUAUUGUUAAUUUGUCCUUGUCCCAACACUGUUUUGGUCAUGCCCUCAAUCAGUACCCAUGAACAUAAUAAAUUGCAGCUGUAUUUGCAGGUUGAAAGUCUUAUUGAUGACAUUUGUUAAAUACUACCAAAGCUCCGAUUACUGUCAGCUCAAAGUGGCAAAAUCAAUUGCAACGGGCAUAGUUGAUAAAUAAAGGAAACCAUAAUUUAUUGGAGAAAACCAUAUAAAAACCAUUGUUGAUGGAAAAUAUGAUUUGCUCGAACCACAAUAAUUAUUUUUUAAUCGUAUUCUGGUUCUUGAUGUAUAGUGUGAGACAGUCACCAACUGUUCUCAACCACUUUUUGGAAAACGCUAAUAGACGAUUUUAAGGUUUAUCGAUUGAUGUCACCCUAUAUAUGGAAAGCAACUCUUGUUCUGUAGCCCACAUUUGAGGAUCUUAUUUGAAAAAAUAUAUAGGGUCAAGAACAGUUGGUGACUCACCCUGUACCUGAUAUCCUACACACAGCAUCACCGGU